AUGAAGGAACGCUAUGGCCCCCAAGGCGGGCAGAUCUGGGAAGAUGGCGUGUGGGCCGACUUCGAAGAUAAAGAUGGCCCUGUCACAAUCCCAUGGUACAACGAGGCAAGCGGGAAGAACAUCAUCGCCGCGGACGAGAACCGGCCAUUGCAGAUGGCCACCGUGGAGGAGUACAAGGAGGGGAUCCUCUCAGACGGCCUGAAUCAGGGUUCUCGCGGUGCGCCGUGGAUGCAAUGGGGUCCUAGCAAGACUUUUCCUGUUCGAGCCCUCACGUGGAACCACUUGAAAGAAGCUUUCUACAAGGCUCACGCUGAACAGCCCGAUAAUCCAUAUGUUCAGAUUGCUCUCAAGGCUGGUCUGAAGAACGGAAAUCGAAGGAAGGGCUUCCUGAGGACACCCAGAAAUGUCGUGGAAUUCAUGUGCAAUCGCCACAACAAGUACCACAAGGGGAGCAAGACCACCUUCGAGCAGAUGAUGAGUGUAGCUGUGCAUGCUGAGGCCCAGUGGACAGGAAAUAAAGAUGGAGUUGACGCUUACAAUCCCGACUACGAGAAACUAUACCGCAAGUGGGUCUCCGAGAACGCAGAUGAGCCCAUGAAUAACUGGCCGCUUUUCUCGAGCACCAAGGGCCUGUGCCACAAACUCGACAGAUUCGACAUCCAACCUCAAUUUCGCAAAUGGUGCAACAAACACGUCCGGUAUCUUCACGAGAAGCUCGAUCACAAGGGGGUUUUGCACAUCAUGAAUGCGAUCGGCGUCAGCGUUAUCAAGCACAUGCCACCGAAAGCAGGAAAGAAGGACACCGGCAUCGUGUUUCUGGAGGCUCUUGCUCUUGCGUUACCUGUUCGGCCUUCCGAUGAGCAGCGGAGGCUCCCAUGGAUAAUCCAGUCGAUGGACCACGUCCACCUGAUGAGCGCGCUCGGCGUGGACAUGACAGAGAGCGUCGCAUUCAAGCAGAGACAAAUCGAGAAGGAGCAGGCCGAGAAGGGCGGCAAGGAGGGAAGCAAGACGAAGACAGGAAAGGGGAAGCAAAGGAAGAGCGGAUCCAGCAAGCCACCUCCAGCCAAGAAGGCGAAGACGACCGCUGGCCAAGGGAAAGGAAGCAAAUUCACCUUCUUCAGCGAGAUCAUCGACAUGCUGCAGGACCUCGACAUGAUUUACCACAAGACAACGAGCUACUCUUUGGAGUUCGCAUGCAACGGCAUCGUGACUAUCCACAAGGAGAUCAAGGCGUGGUCUGUGUGCAGAGGUGCAUUGUUGGGAAUGUACACGAGCAAGGCGACCAAGAAGGAUUACAGCGAGGACGUCGAGAUGAUUGAGGGGGUUCAGCCUGUCGUGUACGACGGGGAGAAGGACAAGUCCAUGGAUGGCGGCGCCAACCAGAAUCCCGACGAGAAUGAGCUCGUUUCUCUCUUGGCGGGCGACAAGGAGGUCUGUGACAGGUUGACUGGGAUCUUGAGCGACAUCGCGGGCGAGGUCCCCUUCCCAUACCACCGCGAGAUCCGCAAGGCUACCGACCAGAUCCAAGACAUCAAGGCGAAGUUGGUCUCUUCGACUACCUUGCCAACGUUCCUGAGCGCGUGGUCCGAGGUGCUGUUCUCGAUCCUCCAUGAGAAGAUGAUUCAUAUCAUCAACCGGCUGUCUGUGCACGACCCAAACGGCCAGUACAUUCCCGCCAUCAAGGACGAGGCUUCGCUCGAGCACGCUCUUUCCCUGCGCCCUCUGUACAUGAUGCAGGCGCUGGUGGCCGCCUUGGAUGCGGGGGCAAUCCCUGCGGGCCCUACCUUCAAUUCGCUGAUCGACCUCGUCUCCGACACCAAGAUCAAUGCGAAGGGGACGGCGCGCGAGUGCAGCAUUGACUCAGCGAUCGUUGCAUUCGACCUCAAUUUAGAUACGAAGGAGACGUGGGUGCAGAAGUGGGUGGAGGUGGUGACCAUGGCAUCGUCGAUGGACCAGCUGACCCGCAUCGUCAACGAGAAGGUCGACGACAAGGAACAGGAGGCCAAGCCCGAGGUGAAGGAAAUGGAGACGGCGCUGGAGCGACUGGGCAGGGCGCCGCAGAUUGCACAAGUCAGCCUGGAGCAUAUCAUGGGCCUCGAGGAUCCGAAUGUAUCCGCCGCUAAGGAGUCCGUCGACGUCCUAGAGCUCGGCUUUGAUGGGAAGCGGAAUUUCACGAUGACUGAUGUGAAAGUGUUCGAGAACAACAUUUCAAACCUCUACUGGCGCAGGCUUGCUGAGAAAAACGACACAUGGCCCAAGAUCGUCUUUCGCAAGGCUGUUGGCAAUAAGGCGGCGACCGAAGUGGUGGCUCUUCAACGGCAGAUGCUGGACCCGAACACGUUCGUGAUGCCGUACGCUGGUGAAGUCACUUGCACGCCCGCCAAGGACGAUGCAGCUACCAUGGUCCGCCACGACGGCACGUUCACCGCGUACAUCGACUCCAAUCUGAACAUAUUCGAGAACAAGCCCGAGGUCCAGAAGCUGAUCCAGAUCGAGUUCGCCGACCCGGUGCUCAAGCUGAAGGAGGGAGAAGUGCUGGCCAAAGGCGACAUCGUGCUGACGCGCACGCUGACCGACACAGAGAAGACGCAACGUGCUACGAGAAAGUUCUUAGGCGGCAGCCUCAAGGAUGAUGGCUCCGUGGCCCUGCCGACGGUUUGCGACAUGAUCGAGGAUAAGUUGAAGGCCUUCGCAGACGGCGGGAAAGGCACCACACAGUCCAGGGAAUCCAAGGAUUCGAAGGAGGCGGCGGCGAAGUUCGUGGACCCAAAAAAUGUCAAGCACCUCUUGAAGUGA